GAUGUUUGUUGUCUCACAUUAGACAUCACUGAACUUGGCAGAUUUUUCUGGGUGCAAAUGAACUUAACGGAUGUGCGUGAAUAUGAUACUGUUCCUGUUAGUUCUGCAGUGUUGUCUACUAAAAGAUCAUCCUUGCCUGCUCUAUCAAACCCACUGGCUGCUGAUGAACUAGUUCUCGCGGUGCCUGCUGCUGCGGGCUAGCUUGGAUUGAAUGGAUCAUCCAUCGAUCCUCCAGACUCCACUCCACUCGUCCUGUCCUGUAAGUCGUGAUGAAUAACCUAGCCAACUGAUGGGUUUAAAAGGCUUGUUGCAUAAGCUAAAUGCAAUCGCCUUCCUUGCCUGCCAAGUUGGUUUGGUGUGUGUUUGACUGUUUGUGCGUGUACAAUCGUUGUCCUUUCAAUUUUUCACCUUCCUUUGGCUUUGAUUUACUUGCAUGCUGUAGCAGCUAGCUUAAUGCUUGUCAUUAAGCUUCUACGUUUAAGAAUAAAUUUGCGAUGUAUGUGUAUCCUAUAGCUUGGUGAAGUUAAUGUACUUUGUAUGUUCUUAUAUAUUCAAUCUGGUAUUUCCGAUCCGAGAGUGAAGUGUCUAAACUGAACCCCUUCAGUUUAACGGCGAAAGAAUAAUAGAAUCUAGAUCCCCAUCGGGGAACCCAAAUAUAUAUACAAGUCUCUCCCUCCUAUCUUUCUCUUUAUUUUAAUUGACUGAGCGUUUAUGGUCUUGAUGGAAGGGAGGCCUAAGAUCACUGAGCUUCGGCCACUUCUACUGCUACUGAUCGCAGCUUGCUUCGCCUUUGAGAUCCACGCUUCUUCUCAAAACCACGACGUCAAUGCGAUCUUUUACGAGCCGUUCGAUGAGUCAUUCGAAGGUCGCUGGAUCGUUUCCACCAAAGAUGAGUACAAAGGUGUGUGGAAACUAUCAAAGAGUGAGGGGCAUGAUGAUUAUGGGCUUUUGGUGAGUGAGAAAGCGAGGAAGUAUGCGCUAGUGAAAGAGCUAGAUGAGGCCGUGAGCCUUAAUGGUAGAACUAUUGUGUUGCAGUUCGAGGUUCGGCUACAGAAUAGCCUUGAAUGUGGUGGUGCUUACUUGAAGUACCUCCGGCCACAGGAGGCUGGGUGGAAACCUGAAGGGUUUGAUAAUGAUUCCCCGUAUUCAAUUAUGUUUGGACCUGAUAAAUGUGGCACGACGAAUAGGGUUCAUUUCAUUUUUAAGCACAAGAACCCCAAUAGUGGUGAGUACGUUGAGCACCAUCUCAAGAACACUCCAACUGUGCCUGAUGACAGACUCUCCCAUGUCUACACGGCAAUAGUGAAUGCCGAUAAAGAAGUUAGAAUUUUGGUAGAUGGGGAGGAGAAGAAGAAGGCAAGGUUCCUUUCUGCUCAAGAUUUUGAACCUGCAUUGAUUCCAGCCAAGACUAUUCCUGACCCUAAUGAUAAGAAGCCGGCGGAUUGGGACGAGCGGCCGAAGAUUCCAGAUCCAGAUGCUGUGAAGCCUGAUGAUUGGGAUGAAAAUGCUCCAAUGGAAAUUGAGGAUGAGGAAGCUGAGAAACCUGAAGGGUGGUUGGAUGAUGAGCCUAACGAGAUUGAUGACCCUGAGGCAACAAAGCCAGAGGAUUGGGAUGAUGAAGAGGAUGGUGAAUGGGAACCACCAAAGCUGGAAAACCCCAAGUGCUUCUUGGCACCAGGUUGUGGAAAAUGGAAGAGGCCGAUGAAGAGAAAUCCUGCUUAUAAAGGAAAAUGGCACCGUCCUCUGAUUGAGAAUCCCAGUUACAAGGGUAUCUGGAAACCUCAACAAAUCCCAAACCCUCAUUACUUUGAGACUGAUAAGCCUGACUUUGAGGCCAUAGCUGCCAUUGGCAUUGAGAUCUGGACAAUGCAGGACGGCAUAUUGUUUGACAACAUUCUAAUAGCUGAUAAUGAGAAGGUUGCAGAAUCUUAUAGGAGAACAACAUGGAAGCCAAAGUUUAAUGUUGAGAAAGAGAAGCAAAGGGCUGAGGAGGCCGCUGCAGGACUUUCAUUUGGACUCUCAAGCAUCCAGAAAAAAAUAUUUGACGUUCUCUACAAGAUAGCAGGUGUUUCGUUCUUGGAUGCAUACAAACCCAAGAUCAUUGAUCUAAUUGAGAAAGCAGAAAAACAGCCCAAUAUUUCAGUUGGUGUCAUUGUAUCCAUCGUGGUCAUUCUUUUGACAGUUCUCUUCAAAAUUCUUUUUGGUGGCAAAGCACCUGCGGUUGCUCCUCAUGAACCUUACAGGGGAGCGGCUGCAGGGAUUUCCACCAAGGAAGGAAGCGGAAGCAGUGGGGUGACGGCAGAUGAGACUGAGAAGGAAGAUGCCACUCCCCGCAGGAGAUCUACCAGAAGGGAAACUUGAGCUUGCCGUAUAACUACUCUCUGGUUAUAUUGCAAAAUUUUGAGAGAGCCCAUAUGGCUGGAUUUAUUGCUAGUAGGUUUCCAUGAUUUUCUUUUCUUCUUAUUAGAACAACUUGUGUUUUUUGAUGUGUUCUGCUUGAGUUAGAUGUUCCACUAUACAUACAGAAUUGGACCUUCAUUUUUCUCACUGUUCUUCAUCUCUGUCUUGGAAUGUUUCGUGUUCAUAUCCCAGUCUCAUCUUUGCAAAUAGGCUGUCAUUAUAAAUGCGUAGUUUUCCAGCAAUGACA